AGAUGUAAGUAGGGGCUUGGGGCAUGUGCUGCAUGCUGCAGAGGCAGCCUCCCUUGCCCCAGAUGCCCUGAGGUAUGCUUCCUGUGACCCCGGCAGCAGGGGAGUCAGCAGGGCUACCUGGCCAACUUCAACUUCCGGAGCAUGGUCAUGGACAGAACGUGCAUGCCAGCAGAGCGACUGCUUCCUUUUCUAGCUCUGGGAGCAACGAAAGCAGCGAAAGCGGUGAUGACGAAGAGUCAGCGCCGCACCGGGCGCCGGCCAACAUGAACCGUCGCCGGGUCUCAUUGGCGGACGAAGCCACUCACGCGCUGCAAGCCCAAGCGGCCGUGGAAGCCGCAGAAGAUGCGGAAGUGGUGCAAGAUCCUGGACUCAUAAGGAAGGUGUGCACCACUGCAUCUCGGAAACGGCUUCAAAAGGCAGUUCGCAGCCGCGCGUUUGUGUUGACCGUCGCCUUUAUCAUUACUGCCAAUGCAGUCUACAUGGGCAUAGAGGUGGACGCCAAUGAUGUAGAUGCCAACCCUAAUGCAGAUAGAUCCGGUUGGGCAGCUGCGGAGAUUACUUUUUCGGUGAUAUUUGCCCUUGAGCUGCUGCUUCGCUUCCUGGGGACAAUCCCUGUGAAGCGCUUCUUCUACAGCGGAUGGAACAUGUUUGAUUUGUCCAUUGUGACAGUGUCGGUUGUCGACAACAUUCUUACUCUCAGCUUGAGGAACUCUGACUUGGGCAGCUUUUCAGUUCUUCGCCUGCUGCGGCUCAUCCGGGUGAUCAGGGUCUUCAGGCUGCUGAGGGUCCUAGGCGGUCUUUGGAAGCUGGUGAGGGGCAUCCUGAACGCGGCUUGGACGCUUUUUUGGACGUGGAUACUUCUAGCCAUUGUCAUCUACAUCUUUAGCAUCAUUGCAACCCGCCUAAUUGGACAAGCACAUCGAGGCGAAGCAUUCUUCGACGAGUAUUUUGGUUCCAUGUCGAGGACCAUGCUGACCCUUUUUCAAACCACCACCACGGAGGGCUGGGCAGACAUCGCCCGAGAGGUGAUGAAGCACCAACCUUGGACCGCCGGCUUCUUCAUCCUUUACCUUCAUGUCACCACCUUUGCAAUUCUGAAUGUCAUGAUCGCAGUGAUCGUGGAGAGCACGCUCGACGAGGCCGACCAAAGCAAGCUAAAGUCGGCAGAGAAGCGGCUAGAAGACCUGCGGAAAGCUUAUGAGAAAGUCUACAAGGUGUUCCUGGACGGUGACGCCGACCAAGAUGGCGUGCUCACCAAAGAGGAGUUCCUUGAGCAGAUUGAGCAGCCAAAGGUCUCGAGGUACUUCGAAGAGCUCGGAAUAGACCCCAAUGAAGCUGAGUACUUGUUCACUAUUCUGGACUAUGAUGGGAGUGGCUGCCUCGAUGCUUCAGAGUUUGUUGGAGGUCUUCUGAAGGUCAUUGGCAGUGCAAAAGCCAAAGAUAUUAUGGCGGUGCACUGUGAAUUGCGGCGGUCACUGAAGGAGGGUCGCCGGCAAAUCUCUGCGCUGGAGCGGAGUAUUGACCGGAGAAUGGAGCUGGUGGAAACAGGCGUGCACGGCCUGCGAGACGAGAUGCGCGCGCUCGCAUCGGGCAUUGGGAUAUCGCUGCGUGCGCCGCUGAGCCAAUCCGAGUCUCUUUGACCGAGCCAACAACCCGGUGGAUCCCGGCGACCGUGCCGAGGAACCUGAGCGAGAGUGGGACGCGCGGCCUAGACCCUUCAUAAUUGCUCACUUGUAGCUAUAAGUACGGCCAGCUUUUGC